AUGUUUAAAAGAGUCAUUGGUCAAAUAUCGAGGUAUUCAACAAAAGUUUCACCUGCAACACUGCAAUCCAGCAAAAUCACACCUCCAUUGGAGAAGAAACUAGAGGCACUAUCACAGCGUCAUGACAGCUUACUAUCACAACUGAACAGCAACAGCCUCAGUCCUUCUGAUCUCACCAAUGCAUCAAAAGAAUUGGCUCAAUUGACAUCUCCUAAAGCAUUGUUUGAAGAAUGGAUGAAAAACCGCACUGAUCUCAGCGAACUGCAGCAACUACUUGCCACAAGUGAAGACAAUGAUGACAUGAUAGAGCUUGCUAGAGAAGAAUACACUGAUAUCAUGGACCGCAUUCAGCAAGUAGAAAAAGAGUUAAUCACUGAAUUAGCACCCAAAGAUACAGCAGAUGAUGCCAGUGCAAUUUUGGAGAUUCGAUCUGGUGCUGGUGGAGAUGAAGCAUCCAUUUUCUCAGCAGACAUGGCUCGCAUGUAUGAAAGGUUUGCGCAAUUACAGCGUUGGAAGUGGGAGGUAUUGUCCAAAUCAGAUGAAACUGGAAACAAAGGAUUCAAGGAUAUCACAGUCAACAUUGGCGGUAAAAAUGUGUUUGGUCUGCUCAAGUAUGAAUCAGGAGUUCAUCGAGUACAGCGAGUGCCUGCCACAGAAGCACAGGGUAGAAUCCAUACGUCUACAGUAACGGUAGCCAUUCUGCCACAACCUACUGAAGUCGAUAUUCAAAUCAAAGAAUCUGAUCUCAAGAUUGAUGUGUACCGUGCAUCCGGUGCUGGUGGUCAACAUGUCAACACAACAGAUAGUGCAGUAAGAAUGACACAUAUACCAACAGGUCUAGUGGUGGCUAUGCAAGAUGAAAGAUCUCAGCACAAAAACAAGCUCAAAGCGCUCAAGGUGCUUCGAGCCAAGGUGUUUGAACAAGAACGACUCAAGACACAAAACGAACGAAGAGAUUCUCGAAAUAAGCAGAUUGGUACAGGCGAUCGAUCGGAAAAGAUUAGAACUUACAAUUACCCACAAGGCCGUGUUACAGAUCAUAGAAUCAACUUGACUUUGUACGAAUUGGAGCAAAUUAUUUCGGGCGAAGCAUUGUUACAUGUAAUCGAACCAUUACAAGAACAUUACUUGGCAGAAGCAUUAUUAGAAGAAUAA